AUGGAAAGUAAUACAGAAUGUCUAUCAAAUGAUAUGGAUGUAGUCAAGAAGAUGGAAGAUGAGCAUUUGAGAUUACGGCGACAGGUUCGAAUGAUACAAACCGACAGACUCCAUCGAACUAUGGGCGUCCAUCCAAAAUUCCGCCGACAGGAUAAUUUACUGCGAACGUUGAAAAAGGAAUAUCUGAAUCUUUACAAGAACUUGAAGAUUGCUCGAUCAGGGGCACAUAAAAAGAACGACAAAAAGAUGAAAGCAGAUCUGGCAAGAGCUUUACUUUUGCGUUCAAAGACCAAACAAGAUUGUCAAGAGGGCCUCAGUCUGAUGAGUCAAAUAGAUGGAUUACUGCGACGGAAAAACAAGGAAAUGAUUCAGCUAAAGAGCGUUGUCAAUACAAACAGUGGUCGGCUUGAAAUACGUCGUAAUUUGAGCGAAAAUAGACUGACUUCAGCGGAAAACAAGUUAGAAGCUGCGAUGUGGAGUUUCAACGUAGUUCAGUGUGAAAACAAGAAAAUACGAGAAGAUAUUGAACACAUGCUUAAUGAUAGAGCACUUUUCAAUCAAUCUUGGACGAAAAUGCUGAACUCUUUAAACAAAGGAAAGAAAUUCCUAACGGAUCUCUUUGAGUCUUCAACUCUAGCAUACGACCAGCGAGACGAAUGGUGCACGAAGCUAAAAUCCGUUCAGGAAAAAGGAAAAAUUGAUCAAAUGGUUCAAGUUCAGGAAAUGAGAGAUUUGCAAAAAGCCUUCGACCACGAGAUGAAACUGUACCACUUUCUCGCGCGGAAAGGUGUAAGAAGAAUAAACAAAAAAGAGGAGGAAAGAGAAGAAGCACAAAAGAAGAAGUACGAAGAAGAUAAACAGAAGGAGCUGAAGUAUCACACGAAAAUAUUCAAUGAUAUCUAUGAAUACACCAAUGAACCCAGUGUAGACAAAAUUAUAGAAACGUUCGAACGGAUAGAGAAUGAAAACUUCUCUAUAUACAAGCUUUUGAAUGAGUUCUGCGCUGAAAACGAAGUUCUUAGAAGGGACCUGAACAAGAUACGACAAGAUAUUGUGGACAGAAAAGACUGGAAUGAGAUGAUGGAAGAAAAAAGACAAACGAAGCUCAAAGCUCUAGAAGAGAAACUAGAACAACAGAAGAUAAUCACAGAAGAGAAAAGAAAUAAAUUGGCCGACAAAGAACAACUUCUAAAAGAAACUAUGGAACAAGUUUACGAAAUUUUCAAAACAUUGGACUGCUCAAUGAAACCAUACGCUAAUCUACUCGGAGAAAGAGAACCGUCACUGCGCAAUUUGGAUUUAACUUUCAGACUGAUGACUGAGAAAAUUAAGGAGUUAGUGCAGAUAACAUAUUAUUACGAACGCCACAUUCAGAAGAAAGGAGGCAAAACCAGUUCUCGUCUGAAGAAGUACACCGUCCACCCUGAACCCUUGGACUACUGGACAGCGAUACCCAUUAAUAUUUUAGUACCAGCUGAUCCUUGUCCUGCUUGUGUAGAAGCUCGCUGGCUCUCCCGAGUAAGUGAAACAAUGGAAGUGCCCUUCGAUACAAUACAAACUAUGUCAGCUCUGACAGAACUGUCAGAGGACCCAGCCUUCGAGAGAAGUGAUCGAAUACAUCCUCUGACUGAGUGCAGAGUGCCGAGGAGUAGACUCAUACUAGCGAGACGGUACAUGCAAUACUGAUUCAUUUUGAAUGAUUAAUAAAUUAUUUUUUUUGAAUUUA